CUCAGCGUAACCAAAGGCCUCUUCUUCUCUACAGGCUGUGUGUCUCACCAGUAGGACUAGCAUCUGUGAGACCGGUACACCAUCCCGAUCGAUUGUCUGUCAACGGUAAAUGCUGUGCCAGCUGUGCGGUCGCGUGGUCCUUCUGCCCAAGAUCCUCAGCUUCGCCACAUGAUUUGUCUGAUUUGAGCAAGGCGCCUGAUUUGUUCAAGCUACUCCGUCUGUAUACCCAGCUGAAAGGCCUUCAGGACGGAUUCCAAUCCUCGCCUUACUCGGCCAUGGCCCUCUCGUGAAGCUACCGCCCAUAGCCAUUAUCACCAAAUCAUCACCACAUCAUCGCUUUGUCGUCUCCACAACGCACUCUCUCUUGAGACAUCGCAUGCUGCUCCGCUGAUCGACGCCGACGGCGCAGCCGCAUCACAAUACGAAAUCCGCAUCCACGUGUCUAUACUCCACUGGCCGCCGCCAUGACGGCAUCAUCCCCCCACGAGCCUGACCAUGGCGAACCUCCUGUUCCUCGUCAGCAACAGUUUACUCCGAGCGCCAGCAUGUCAUCGACUCCAGAUGCUGUUACGCCCCGCAACCGCUCUCUCGACGAGCAGCCAGAGCACGAGCGUGAACCUGUAAACGACGAACACUCGCCGCUAUUACCGCCAGCCGACUACGAUGCAUUUGGUGCCAGAUCGGGAGGACGAAGUGAUGGCCAUGAUGAUGACAGCCAAACCACCAAGAGCUUGUGGUACCUGACCAUCUUGACCAUCGGUAUUGGAGGUCUGCAAAUCGCGUGGUCCGUCGAGCUUUCCAAUGGCUCACCAUAUCUGCUGUCCCUGGGACUAAGCAAGUCUCUCAUGGCUCUGGUCUGGAUCGCGGGGCCACUGACCGGUACCUUGGUGCAGCCAUAUGUCGGCAUGCUUAGCGAUAGCUGCCGCCUCUCAUGGGGUAAACGGAAACCGUUCAUGCUCGGUGGUGCCGCUGCAACCAUAAUAGGGCUGCUCUUCUUGGCUUGGACAAAAGAAAUCGUUAGCGGCGUGUUGAGCCUCUUUGGGGCUGAUCCCGAAUCACACGGCGUCAAGAUUACCAUCAUUGUGACGGCGGUGAUUGGAGUCUAUCUGCUAGACUUUGCCAUCAACACGGUCCAAGCUGCCCUCCGAGCUUUCAUCGUUGAUUGCGGGCCUGCCCAUCAACAAGAGGCUGCGAAUUCCAUGGCCAGCCGUAUGACAGGUAUAGGAAAUAUCAUCGGCUACAUUGCGGGAUACGUUAGUUUGACGACACCCCUCUGGUUCCUGGGCAAUACCCAGUUCAAGAUUCUUUGCGCAAUCGCAAGUAUCUCGCUGGGAUCUACGGUCAUUUUGAGUGCCUCCGUGAUUAAGGAACGAGAUCCUCGAUUAGACGGCCCUCCACGCAAGAAGCAGAGCAUUUUCUUGUUCUUCUUUACCCUCUUCAAAUCCAUCAAGCGAUUGCCGCCGCAGAUCAAGCGGGUGUGUCAAGUUCAAUUCUUUGGUUGGGUCGGCUUCUUCCCUCUCUUGUUCUAUACAUCUUCGUACAUUGGAGAGAUCUAUGUCCAGCCUUUCCUUGAGAAGAAUCCCCACAUGACCCCCGAAGAGAUUGACAAGCUAUACGAGCAAGCAACUCGAAUGGGUUCCUUUGCUCUCCUCAUCAACUCCAUUGUUAGCCUGCUGGUUAAUGUGUUUCUUCCUUUUUUCGUUGCCCCUACCUAUGAUAGCCAUCCUGUAGGAGACAGUUCGGAAUCUGGCACCAAAAAGUCGUUCCUGGAUCACUUGAGAAUACCCGGCUUCACCCUUAGGCGGGCUUGGUUUGGGUCUCUCAUCCUCUUCGCCAUCGUCAUGGUUUGCACUGUCUUUGUGAGAUCUGUCAACGCAGCCACAGCCUUGAUUGGAGUUGCGGGAAUCACUUGGGCCAUUACCCUCUGGGCUCCGUUCGCCAUCAUCAGCGCCGAAAUCAGUCGGCGUGAUGCUCUCGCCCGCGCUAGACGCCCCCGAAGAGACAAUCGUGAUGCUCCUCCGCCCUUGGCUCCCGCCACUGGCCACACAUCUCCAAUGGAAAUGACAGAAGCACCAAAGGAGGAGGAAGUGGAUCAGGCGGGUGUGAUCAUGGGCAUCCACAACAUGUCCGUUUCCGCUCCUCAAAUCAUUGCCAAUAUAGGGUCGAGCUUGAUUUUCAAGAUAUGGCAGAAGCCGAGGGGAACACCAGGCGACCAUAGCAUCGCCAUCGUCUUAGCGCUUGGAGGUCUGUUUGCGCUGGUAUCUGCCUUUUUUGUGCUCAGAAUCAAGGACGACGUGUCUGUUCCGCCAGAGACGUUGGCUGACGAAGAACAUGGUGAUGCGAACCAGGAUGAUGAUGAUGACGAUGAGUCCCCUGACGGAGACUUUUCUGGAAGCACCAAGCCUGGUUACUCCGCGGUGCCAACGGGAGAAGCUGACGCCCCGAGACUGGUAAGGAACCCCAGUUUUGGAGGCUUAGAAGUAGCGUCUGGAUCUGAUAGAUGAGAUGAUGACUGAGUUUGGAGAGCAACGGGCUUCCUAUCAACUGCAUAAUAUGGCAUGCUAUUUAGCACGAGGUAUGAGGCAAGUAGACGUAGCAAGUUGGUUCAGUAUAUACGUGACAGUAGAUCUCAGUAAAGCAGGAUAUUAGUUGUAUUAGUUUAGUUCUACUAAAGGGUAGAAUUGCGUGCUUGAGUAUAUGUAUUAUUAGCGCAUUUGUCAAUAAUAACCCCGUCGAGCAGAAGAAGCCGAUUUUCAGCAUCCA